GGGUAGAAGGUGAUUGUUUGUUGUUUUGUUAUCAUUCGCUCUCAGUCCACUCGUUUGAAAAGUUCGUCUCCAAAAAAGGCUCCUCAGAAAAUUCAUAAAAACUUCCAGAAAAUAAAAUUUAUGAAAAUUGAAUCAGUGAAAAACAAAAAGUUUCCAUUCAAGUAGGCCGAAUUAUAACCUUCUGCUGGCUCAGAGUUUGCUAGGCACUUGAAACAGUCCGUUGGACGCCAACGGAACAGGCAAAAAGUUUGGGGCAACAAAAGCUGAAAAUAAGUGCAGUGUGCCAUACGAAACACUGGGAGGCAGCUAAAUAUUCAGAAAGAGAGAGAGAGAGGAGGCUUUGGGUUUUGUGUUCAAACGUGUGUUGGUGUGUGUGCGUCCCCCUGGCAAAAUCAUUAUUCCCUGGCAAAUCAGAGCAACAACAACAACAACACUCAAGUGCACACGAUUAUUAGUUUCUAAAAUUUUUAAGAAAUAUAAUUUAAUAAACUAAACAUGUCAACGGUCGAAUCAUCGAGUUCGGCGGUGCAGCAGCCCCCCUCUUCGACGCUGCCGCUGCUGGGCGAUAACCAGCACUCGGCCCUGGCCUCCACAUCCUCGUCGACCGCUUCCGCGUCGUCCUCCUCCUCGGGAGGGGGCGUUGUGGGUGUGCCGCUGGACACUCAGAAUAGUGGCGAGCCGCCGGCAAAGAAACAGUUGCUUGAUCCGAACGCAGCCUCCUCCAGCUCCCCUGGGGGCGGGGGUGGGCUGUCGAGCGCUGCCGCUGCAUCUGGAACACACGAGAAGCUGGCCUACCGCAUCUCCACCGCCCUGUGCUGCGCCGUGUGCCUGGAUCUGCCUAAAACGGCCAUGUACCAGUGCCAGAUGGGCCACCUGAUGUGCGCCGCCUGUUUCACCCAUCUCCUGGCGGACGGACGCCUUCGCGAUCAGAUUGCCACUUGCCCCAAUUGCCGCGUGGAAAUAUCAAAGAGCACUGCCUCUCGUAACUUGGCCGUGGAGAAGGCCGCCUCUGAGCUGCCCAGCGAGUGUCAGUUCUGUAAUAAGGAAUUCCCAUACAAAUCCUUGGAGCGCCACGAACAACACGAGUGCCAGGAGCGUCCCACAAAGUGCAAGUACCAUCGCAUCGGUUGCCAAUGGCGUGGACCCUUCCAUGAGACUACCGAACACGAACGCAACUGCUUGCAUCCCCAGAAGUCUGGCUAUGAAGUCAUGGCUGCCCUGGAGGCCCAUGAUGUCAUGAUCAAGGAGGAGAAGAAAAUGUUCAACACCCUGAUUGAUUUGCUUAGCUAUGAAAAGAUUAUAUUCAAUGAUCUUCAAAUGAAACCCUAUCGCACGGAUGAGUACGUUCACAAGCUAUUCUACGAAACAGCUCGUUUCUCGGCCUUCAACCAGCAGUGGGUGGUGAAGGCCCGUAUCAACAACAGCCAGCGUGAUCCUCACCAGUCGAACGAACGCACCAUCACCUACCAGUUGAUCCUGAAGACAAAGACAAGCACACCCAUGAGCAUACACUUUUUCGCCCUGAAGGGCCCUUUCUCCGACAUGAAGGUGUCGACUCAAAUAUACAAACAUGAUUUCACUGAAACCAGUACCGAAAGUGAUUAUUAUGUGUUGCCCCUUCCGGAUGGCACCGGCGGUACUGGUUCCAGUGAAUGCAAUCGUAUGUUGGCCAACAAGGGCAUCAACUUCCGCCUGCUUAUGUUUCUGCUGAACAAGUAAUUUGUUCGAUGCGCAGCAGAUAAAGAAUUUUCAAAUUAGCUUAAGUUUGUUGUUUCAAACUCUUGAAUGUGCAAAAACUAGUAAUAGUUGAUUUAUAUUUUCUAUACUUUAUUUCUAUAUUAUAUUUUCUAUAAAAGAAAACCACGAGUCUAGCAUCUACAUACAGAGGAUGUCGCAUAUAAUAUAAAUAUAAUCAAAAAAAAAAAAAAAAUACAAAACCACGAUAGCGACGUAACGUAGGUUGUAACCUAAGUUUAGGACGAAUUAAGAGUGUAGAAGCUGAAGAUACACACCUACAUUUUGUAAAUGAAGAAAUGCCAUUUUAUGGGAGACAGUUUUCAAAUAGCUAUGUUAAUUUUUGCUGUUAGUGCAGGCGGCGCAAUGAACACGAUGGAUGGACAAGAAAUAUGAUCUCACAUGGACCGAUACUGGAGGAGAGGAGCCAGCCCCAGCACCCGCUAAUCCGAUUAAUACAAUAACCAUAAAAUAGAUGUAGUAGACUAACUUUUCCGGAGGCAAAAAACUCCGAAUCGCUGUAAGAAAACAACACCAAGUUGACAUCCGAAUUCAAAGCAGACAUACAUAUAUAUUGUAUUGCUCUCUAAUGUAAUGUAGCUCUAGAAAGCAUAGAUCACAUAGCCCCGGCCGACUAAAACACAUACGAGUUCACAUUCAAAUCUUGUCUAAUUCUAAUCGCGUUCUGUUGACCCUCUUACAAUUAAAUGCUUACAACUUACAUUCGUACAUGUAAUAUUUAUAUGCAUCGUUAAAUGAUAACUAUACCUAAUGCAUAUGUAUUAAAGAUACUUCUUAAUAAA